GAUGGGAGCGAGGGAGCGAGAGAGAGAACAAGUCACCAUCCACACACUCCUUCUCUGGACUUAUAGAUGCAGGUAGUCCAGAAUAGUGGAAAGAAUUACUGAAGUAUCAGAGGUAGCUUGUUGCAGUUUGGGCGUUUCAGCACUGGACAGCUCUCUUCAUACGCAUGUAGAUGGGUGGGACCAUGUAGGUUUCUUCUAGCAUCUCCAGCCACAAGUGUUGCCAAGGUGGAGCCUCGAAUGAUGACCAUCCCGGAGUUCCUCCUGGAAGUGUCCAUAGUGGUUGUGGGUGUUGUUUCCGUGGUGACCAACUUGUCGGUGCUGCUAUGUUUCACCCAGAGCUCCGAGUUGAGGUCCCACGUACCAGGGAUCUUCAUCCUGAAUCUGUCUUUCUCCAACAUCCUUCUCGCUUUCAUCAACAUGCCCGCUACUUUUUUCGGCGUGGCCAAAAGCGCGGAACCCUUCGGGAACUUGUUCUGCCAAAUGGUUAGUUUUGCAGAAACGUUCCUCACCACCAACAGCAUGCUCAGCAUGGCGGCUCUCAGCCUGGACAGAUGGAUAGCGGUGGUGUUUCCUCUCAGCUACUCCAGCAAGAUGCGAUACCGGGAUGCUUUGCUGAUGGUGGUCUACUCCUGGUUGCAGUCGCUCACCUUUGCUCUCACGCAGCUACUGAUGGAGUGGGGAGGUUACAGCCACACGUACGCCUCAUGCACCGCUCAUCUCGCCGAUAAGGGAAGGUCUCAGCUGGCCGCUUACGCCACCUUCACCGUGAUGUUCCACUGCAGCACUUUUGCUUUCUGCCUGGCCGUACUGUGCUUCUCCUACCUCAAAGUUCUAAGAGUGGCCAAGUCCCACUGCAAGAGGAUAGACGUGAUCACGGUGCAGACUCUGCUCCUUCUGGUUGACAUUCACCCCAGUGUGAAGGAGAGGUGUUUGGCGCAACAGAAGAAGAGGAGGCAGCGCGCCACCAAAAAAAUUUGCAUCUUCAUCGGCUCCUUCAUCUUCUGCUUUUCACCUUAUGUUAUUACAAGGUUAGUGGAGUUGCUGCCCUCCGUGCACAUCUCACAGUACUGGGGUAUCACCACCAAAUGUCUGUGCUACGCUAAGGCUUCCAGUGAUCCGUUUGUCUACUGUCUUCUGCGGCACCAGUACAGAAAGGUUCUGGUUCGUGUCAUCAGCCGUUUCAUGCGAAAGGAUCAUUACUUGCUGUCUGCCAGCACUUGGAGCAGCACCUUCGACACCACAGAAGACAACUGUACCCGAGUAACCUGAACCUGAAGUCAACAUGCAGCUAUUUGUAAUGAGAUUGCACUCCAUCUGCUUGAUGGUCAGAUGGAAGAGAAUAUGUGCCUUGCUCAAGGACACUGACACCGAGGGCUUGGUCACAUGAUUAUGUGGCCAAUUUAUUUGUUUAAAGGACACACAACAAUGUUGUUGUGUGUCCCAAAUGUCCUUUUGUUAGCUUCUGACUGUUGUUUUCCAGAGGGCUGAUCAGUUUGCUUCUGAAGCAUCGCCAAGGAGUACUUCACAUGAAAAAUGUACACCGCAUAUAUUUAUUUUCAUUGUAUGUGCUUCUUUCUGUAUUGUACAUUUCAAGUAACAUUGACUUUGUGAAGAACUGUUAUUCAUGUGCAAAAAAAAAAACAUAUUACAUUGACUCGUGA